AUGAAUAAAGGGACAAUUGUAAAACUACAUUCCCUAGAUUUAGACAGGAAUAUAAAUAAGAAUGUCGAUUUUAAUAGAAAAGGAAUAAAUAAUUAUGAAUCAGAUUUGUCUAUAUCAUCAUAUAAAACAUUUAAAAAUUCAAGUGAUAAUAAUGAUAUACCUUUGUAUAGAACAUGUACUAACGAUUCUGAUCAUUCAAUAAAAAAUAAAGAUAUUUAUGGUUAUAAAAAAGUAGUAUCUUUGAAUGAAUAUAUAUUUAAAUUUAAAAAACUGACAAAUGAAAAAAAUAAAAAUACAUUAGACAAAUGUAAUAUUUUUAGAAGAUUUAAUACUAACCAAAAAAAUCUUAUAAACAUCUCAGAUUCAUGUAGUGAAUCCAAUUUGAGUUCUGAAGGUAAUGUGUCUAUGGGUGUAACAACAAAUAUGAUGAAAAAAAAGAAAAUAUAUCAAAAUAUAAAUGAGGAUAUGGAAGAUAUAUUUUGUUUUUAUGAUAAAGGAAAACAUUUUAAUUAUAAUAAUUAUGAUACUAUAAAAGAUAUUACGAAAUAUAAAAGUCAUAUACAAAUGGAAGAUAAACCUUUAUCUUGUUAUUUAAAUUCGUCAUUUAAAUUAAUGUCUGACAAUUUGAAUGGUGACGAAAAAGAUAACACAACAGAAACAUCCUUUCAAAUUGUUAAUGAUGUUAUAUGGGAGAAAAAAGGACUUAUUACAUGUUCAAAUGGAUAUAUAUUAGAUAGGGAUAUUAUAAAAAAUAGUGAAGAAAAAAAAAGUUUGAAAAAAAAGGUGAAAAAGUAUUUCAAACAUAAAAAGAGUUUUUUACAGAAUGUGAAAAAAAAGAGGAUAAAGAAAUAUAAGACGGUUUUGUAUAAUUUAAUACAUAAUGUGAAUAAGAUAUUUGUGAGGAAUCCAAGAUUAAGUAUUAGAGAUAUAAAUUUAUACAAUAUAAAACAUGGGAAAAAUAAAAAUAAAAGAAUUUUUGUUUUUUUAAAUGGUAUUAAUAACAUAUAUCAUUCAUUUAGAAGGAAAAAUCAGAAUUACAUUUUUAAUAAUAAAAAUAAAACAUGUAUUAUGAAAUAUAAUAUAACAAAUGAUUUUAUAAAUUCCUAUGAAAAACAUUUGAAUAAAAAAAUUGAUAAUAAUAUAUUCUUCGAAAUUGAACAAAACAACAUAAAGCAUGAUAUAGAUGAUAAUAUAAAGAAACCAAAUGUCGAAUAUAUAAAGGAUGAACUUAAUAAUAAAGAAUCGAUUUCUUUUUAUGAAUUACAUAAAAAUAAAAAUAUAAUUAUAGGAAAAAGAAAUAUAAUAUUUCCUUCUUGUCAUAUGAAAUGUGAUAAAGCCAAAAUAGUUAUAGGGGAAAAUAAUUUAUUUGAAGAUUUAGUUACUAUAAUAAAUAAUACGAGUACAGAUAUGUAUAUAGGUAGUUAUAAUAUAUUUAGGUCUGGUACAUAUAUAUAUAAUUCGAUGAAAAUAGGGGAUAGAAACUGUUUUGAUUACAAAUGCAAUAUAAUUAAAAGCAAUAUUGGUUCACAUACAUUUAUUGGUAUAAAUAUGAUGAUAGAUAAAAAAUGGAGAUUACGAAAUGAUCAUAAAAUUGUUGAUAAUGUAGUUAUAUAUUUGAAUUCACAAAUUAUACAAGAAAAUAUGAGAGAAAUAAUAUCAAGAUAUAAUCAAAUAAAAUGA